AUGGGACGAAAGCAUUAUCUGCGAUGCAGUGAUUCUAACCUAACUGACGAUGAGGAGUACGUUGAGAGAGAAGCUGCAGAGAACGUCCCGGGGGCUAGAGAGGGACAUACCGAAACUGGGACCGUCAGUCAGCCGUUGCACUUGGAAUCCAUGGAUACGCACAAUGUGGUGAAUGCUGCAGGUAAUGGGGAUCAAGCCCCCGGAACUCAGUAUGAUGGUGGUGACGAUUCUGCCAAAAAGGGAACCGUCGAGAUUGCAGCGGAAAGUUGGGAUGUUGAAGCGCCGUCUCUUUUCCUCGCAGUUUUACACUGUCAAAAUGCCCAAGUACCCCGAAAGCUCGGUCCGAAAAUGCAAGAUAAGGUUGCUGUCCUGGCAGAUUACUAUCAAUGCAAGGAAGUAUUGGGGCUUUUUGCGGAAUUAUGGUUUCCGUUUCUAGAAGAACUUCCCACAACGUACUGCCGGAAUCUGAUGCUGUGUUUAUGGGUAUCAUGGUUCUUCGGCCUACCUAGUCAGUUCCAACCGCUCACCUCGACUGCAAUGUCACAGAGCAGCUUUUCGAUCAACAAUGUCGGGCUUCCGAUCCCUCAUAGUGGGAUUGAUAUGGGCGAUACCUGA